CUUCAAAUAUAACCUAAUCGGCUAAUUAUUCCAUCUAUAUAUCCCAAUCUUAGGUUAAUCGAGUUGUAUAUGUAGGAAAAUAUCUAAGAAUUCACGAGUAUCCAUGGAUCAUCAUCAUCAGCAGCAGCAGCAACAAGGAAGUGAACCUUCUACAACAACCAAAGUUGAAAGAAAGAUCAUAGAGAGAAACAGAAGAAAUAAAAUGAAGGAUCUCUACUCCAAACUCAACUCUCUUCUCCCAAGCUAUAGCCCUACGGAAGUGUUACCAUUGCCUGAUCAAAUAGAUGAAGCUGUGAAAUAUAUCAAAAGCUUAGAGAAGAAGGUGAAGAUGGCAAAGGAGAAGAAGGAGAGGUUGCUAAAAGGGAGGAAUAACAACAAGAGAUCUCGCGGUUUCGAUGAGAAAAAUAUUACAAAAUCUCCAACGAUAGAUGUUCAUGAAAUGGGUAAUUCCUUGCUUCAAGUGGUUUUGACAUGCGGGUUUGAGAACAAGUUUCUUUUCAGUGAGAUUAUUCGCAUAUUGCAUGAGGAGAAGGUUGAGGUUGUUAGUGCCAAUUCUUCUUCACAUGGAGAUUCAAUGAUUCAUGUUUUACAUGCAGAGAUUCCUUCGGCAUUGCAGCAAUUAUAUAUAUAUAUGAUUCAAAAAAUAUAA